GGGUCAUCGAGUGGUACAAUGAUCGCGAUUUUAUUGGCCGAUCCACUAGCUGAGGACUGGUUCUUGAUUUUUCUGUGAGUGGGCGUCCAAAAAUUGUCCAUCGCGUACCUGCAACUGUACAAGAAAGUUAUUGUGACAAAUGUUACGCGCUGGCUGUUUUGAGUUUGAUCAUGACACAACUUGUUAACAUUAAAGAGUUCAUGUGCUCUUCCCCAUGAAGCAAUAGCAAUCUUCAUGAUUUCCAAGUCACCCGAAACCAUGGAACCCUUUAAGCUCGCAAAAUUCUGUGUCUUAGUGUUAUUGACUUGGGAAUCCUCGGCAAGAAAGGUUACAGAACAAAGUGACAAAAAACAUCUUGUGACCAUGGUUCACCCAAAACCACACCAAGCAGGUAAGGACAGUAGUAGUUCUGCUAGGACACUCUUAUGGCAUCACGCCAAUUCAAAGGCUUGUGUAACAGCGAAAAGACAGGUUUCACUGCCUUGAUGUAGGAUUCUUUUUUAUGGUAUUCCAGUUAACCUUAUUAAACGAUUAAAAUCGCCUAGGAACCCGACCUUUAAAAUGGGCAAUAGACAUUUAAAACCACUUCUAUGCCCUGAUAGUUCAGUUUAUUGUAACUGAAAACAAUGAGUCGGUUGACUUAAAAUAAACAUCGUUACUUCACAGACUUAAGCAAAUCAAACUGACAGAAAUCUAUUAGAGCAAUAUAUUUUGAAAUAAAGCGUUGCAAUUUUCUUGGAGAAAAUAUUUCACUUUGAAAUAGUUUUUACUUUAGAAUGAGGUAAACAAAUUUAUUCUUGUUUGAAUAAUUGACAGCAGUUCGUUCUAAGUGAACUAGCACAGGUUAUAUGCUGAAAAGCUAACCUGCUCGUUUCAAUUGUGUUUGAUGACAGCUAUUGUUCUCUACGGUAACGAAGGAAGUGGCCAAGGAGAAGCUGAAAGAGAAACGGUAAGUACGAACUUUCCUAACAGUAAAAAAACUAGCUUUUGCUUUGAGUUACGCGCUUCUUAAUAUUCUGACUGGCCAGUCGAACAAUGUACUCUCCAUAUUAGGGAUAUCUCGCGGGCUCUCAAAUACUUGUGGUGUAUUCGCCCCAGCGUAUUCGGCAAACACUGUGUAGAAAGACAAAAACAUUUAACAAGAUCAUGACAAUAUCUUUCACUCGUAAUGGUAGCAAAUGUAGAAAAUUAAUAAAAUUCAUUUCUUUUCGUAAAAUAUUUGCAAAUAAAUAGUACUAUACAAAAGUUUGGCCAAAGGGGUUUCGUUUGAAUGGCAACACUAUAGAACUCCCUCCACAGAUUUAAAAGUUAUUGUAACAGGUUAUGUUAAAUCAUCAUAUGGCUUGGUGUAGGAGUGAACUGCAAAACACCCUCGUACCCAGUGUCUUCGUUCUCGUUGACCAGGCCAGCAUGCGCAGUAAGGGACGAAGACUUGAGGUACGAAAUUGACCGCAAAACAGCCCGGCCGUAUUUUUGCGCAUGUCAGGAACGCGCGAGCGGUCAAACAAAAAUCCCAGUGCGUGCAAGGGUAAAAACAAAGUUUCAGACUGGCGAGAGACUGGUUAGUGCUGAGCCGCUUUUUAGAUAGGCUUUGAUAGAUUGCGCUAGCAUAAUUUUUAGCAUUAUUCGUCAUAACGAGCAUAAUUUUCACCCAUUUUGCGAAAAAAACACCGCUAGCAUAAUUUGCACUUUUGGCUAGUUUUGUAGCACAACAGUUUUAUUUUUAUUGAUCACUAAUGUAACCAGUUGUUCGGCCCGAGGUGAGUGUUACAGGCAGAUUUGAAUUACAAAAUCAUUUUCAUUUUUUUUCUACUUACUGUCACAUUCAUGAGACCAUAGGGAACUCACGCUCUUAUUUGUAAACUGCAAAUAGAAAUUAAAUAAGAGAUAAAAUCUUACCUGUUUUGUUUUAUUGUUGAAUCUGCUGUGGUGAGAAGUGAAAUGGAAGUUGUUUUACAAUGCGAAAUCUAUGUUCAAGUCGUCCCUUUAAAACUAGCAUAAUCAUUGGUAUAAUUUUAGAAAUAUACGAGCACUGCCAGUUGAACAUUAUGCCACUUUUGCGAGCACAGUUUAUUAAAACCUAUUUAUAGAGGUCAGACAGUAUUUAGGGACUCACUUAUACCAUAUCCGUUUGAUUCUUUAGCUCAACGCACUCGCCAACAAUGUUGAAACAGUAACAAGUCUGGUGAAAGCCCAGUCUGAGAUAAUUGAAAACCUUAGCCAUCAAGUCACCAGCGUCACCAAGGGAACUGGGAAUGAGGUUAAAUUCAAGCAGAUCUUCAAAAAGAUUGCUAAUCAAUCAAGCUUAAUACAAAGCAUCACGAAAAAGCUGAAUCAAACUAUAAAACAUGUGGAUGAGCUGGCUGGAGUGUGGUCGGAAACAACAGUUACAGUAAGGAAGGAUCUUAAAAGCCUAGCUGAAGAAAAUAAAGAAAACGAAGAAGAAAUAGAAGAAAUGGAGCACGAGGUUAUGGCGAGGAUUAAGAAGCUGGAAAAUGAAAUAAAUACACUACGAGUCUCGGUGAACUACGCAAAGGAACGAAGCGAAGGUAGCAGGGAAGGUGAGUUAAUUAGAAAUAGUUUUUUUUUAAAUUAAGAUCAUAUUCAGGGCUAAUAGAAUUAUAAUUCUUUGGAGUCUUUCAUUUCUAGACCGUACUUCUCACGUUGAACACUAUGCAGGACUUUCAGGCGGCCCUCAGUAAUUCGUAUCUCUAAAACAAUACGUCUGCACCAGGACAAGCAGAUACUUGUCGGUGAUUUGUGAGAAAGGUUGAAUGGAACGAAACAAGCGCUGUUGUACCUUCGUCGGUCUGGCCAGAAGUUAUCCACAGUGUCCUUAGCGUAACUGAGUGAUUGCCUGCGUUUUCGUGAACUGGCCAUUUUGAGUGCACGUGUUGUGCACGUGGGACUGGUUUGGUGUUGUCUCGAACUGCACUAUGGUACUGUUUUGGUGACAAAUUAUGACCCAGUUUCCAGCGCAAUUAUAAUUGCCAAUGAAAGAAGGGAUCGCUCCCUCAAAACAAUCCCAUAAUGCUCGUUGACACAAUACCGACCCAAAACGCUCAUCCCCUCGUGUGACUCAUAACAUUAAGGUCGACCAUUAAAGGCGCCAUCUCCAAUCUGAAAAAAAAAGACUGAUGUCAGUCACGUACCGCUCGAUCAGACGACUGCUUGACCGACUUAUAACUAACUCAGCCGCUUCAGUAUCGUCUUUGUGUCAACAACAGUUGAUUAAUUUCUGGGCCUGACAGGAUGACUGCAUUGAAUCUCUCUAAAUUGCAUAGAUAGUGGCCGAUAACUUAGCUAAGAAUUAGGCCUAUUCCUAUAAGGAACAAGAAACACGCUGUAAACGACAAUAUAGACUUGCUACAAGUCGACCUCUUGGCCAGCGGAGCGAGCCUUUUUUGGCCGCAAAGCGGCCGACAGCGAGCGACGAAGGACUUUUUUGAAAGUCUAACGACAAUAUAAUACCUAGGUUUACAGAAUUGUAUUGUCGACUGUUAGCCUUCUCCUGAUAAUAUCAAUAAUUUAUCAAUCCACUAAAAAAUUGUUUUGGGCCGAUGAAGAGAAUUUAUGUAGCGACAUUUUGCGGUUGAAUAUGUUUUUGUCCAAUGUUUUUUUAAAUUUAUUUAAUAAAAUGAUUUCUUUUGUAUUUGGAUAGGGUAAUUUAUGAUAACGAGUUUAAAACCAAGAAAAUAAAAGUUAUACUAAGGAUAAAAUAAAAUUAUAAGGAAAUACGCUUUAAAUCUCAACGCAUUUAUUUGUAUGUGUUUCCGCAGAGUGGCCUGAUGGGAGUUUCUGCAUCUUGGCCAAUGGCCGCUGUCCAGUUGGUUUUAGGCGUCAUGAGGGACAUCUUAAAUCUCUGUACCUCUACUCCUCACAUUCACAGUUCGUAAACGAUGCUAAAUUUGGAAGCAGUUCUAUCGGUUGUUAUGGAAGCUAUUGUGGAGAAUACGGAAAUUUUAUUGGUUCUCUUACUUUAGUCACGUGCUGCAAGUAGGCUUCCAUACUUCACAUGAGCCGAAUCGAAUUGUGAAGUACGGCGUCUGAGUCAAUUAGAAACUGCUAAGUGUAUUUGGAUUGGUUCAGCCGUUCUUGACGCCUGGCUGUAUGCUGACGUCCGUGCUUACUGUUCACAUGUUAAAAAUGUAUUGUAAAGAGGGCGCGUCUGUUGUCCUCUCAUCCACGACUCUUCAUUCAUUCAUUCAACAGGGAAUAACGUCUGUGAGCCGAACUGCAUGCAUAUUUUUUAUAACGUAUUAAACCGAAAGGCACAUUUCUUUCCUUUGGAAUUUAGUUCGAGUGGAAUAAGAACAAAGAUCGGCGUCUGAAUCAAUUCAGACUGCCUAAAUUAAUUUGAGUCGGCCUAAACUCGAAUUCGAUUCGGCGGUGUGAAGUACGGCGUCGGAACCCGGUAGGAGUACGCGUCGCUCUUUGUUUCAGCGUAAUCUGUUAUCCAGCUAUAGUCUUACGUACCCUCAGUAACACUAGUAGUAAGUUAGAAGUGCGUCCGUCAGGAAAGGGCGGUGGGAUACAUGAUAAUUCAAACGAGAGAGAUGUAUGUGAGAAAGAUGUUUAUUAGGCCAGUGACACAGGCGGCUCGGAAAAACAUCCGAGUAUUCAUAAAUAGAGGAUAUUACACGGUGGCGAGAAGAUAUGAAUUUUAUGUUCGAGUGGCAAGAACAAUAUCUCACUCGUUCGCUUCGCUCACUCGUGAGAUAUUGUUCUUGCCACGAGAACAUAAAAUUCAUAUCUUCGAGCCAACGUGUAAUGUUCUUUUUAUUAUAUGGAGAAACCAAUUCAACAAAAGCAAAAGGCGGGAAUCGUGACGUCAUUGAACGAUACGACACUCACAAAGGUGACAUACGGAAAAUACGCCACUCGGGUCCCGGAUGAAGUGGCGUAUGGAAUCUACGAGUGGUUUAGUUCCCAGUAAAACACUCUCCUCCAUAUAAUAAUAGGAGAUAUGGCCUAGUGCCAGUGCUUCAAAGCUAAGGUUAUUACUUUCACUACUGAUUCAGUGUUUAAACUCAGAUAUUAUCACUGCGAUGUUGAUAACAAAAUCUAUUUAAACGUGUACUAAAAACUUCUAACUGUUUGAAUAAAUACUGUCGGCGCCAUUUGUUAACAUAAUUUCGCCCGGGCGCGAAAAGAGUUCUCAAUGAAAAGAAGCUCAUUAUUAAGAAUUUGUAAGGAAUUUUACGUUGACAAAUUAUCAUAUGCACCCUUCCCCAAGUUUCAUAAGGCCAGUUGGAAAAACCAGGACUGAACUCUGGUCUGGACUCUGGACUUAACCGACCUUUUCUUUUUCCGGGGUAAUUUUUUUGUUUUUGUUUUGUUUUGUCUUUUUUGGGGGGGGAGGGGGGCUGCUCUGGACCGGACUCUGGACUGGAUAGGACUAGUUCUCCAAACAGAGAAAGCACGUACUAGGCUUUCAUAGUCAUGUAAUCGCCAAACAAAAAAUUACCACUUUUGUUCAUUUGUCAUUUUAAUUAUAACGAAAGGAUUUUAUUAUAUGAGGGUCUCAAUGGGGUUAACCGAUAGGCGUAAAAUGGCCAAAAAUUUAGUCGAUAGCCGUAAAAAUUGAAAAAUUUUAACCGUUAGCCGUAAAUAGGGUAAAAAAGAGUUAACCGUAAAAGAAAUUGUUCCCUAGAUUUGUUAAUUUUAAGGAAGUUGCUAAGCUCACUUAUGGUUGGGUUUUUUUAUUUCCCGGCUACUUUGACUCUGUACGCACGUUAAGCUAAGCGUCUUUUAGGUGUUGACAAAGACCUAGGCUCCAUUUCCGCCGCUCUCUCGAAGAACCAAGUUUUUUCCAUGGCGAAAAUCUGGCUUCUUGCUGGGGAUUAAUAUUUGUGAUUUUCAGGAGGUCGUGUCCUCGAAAUGCUAAUGAAACAACACGCAGAGAUGUCACUAUUUGUAAAACACAUUGUCGAUAAACAACAAUUCCAAGACCUUUAUUUUGCUUUUAAGAUAGAAAAAAACAGGUUUAUUAAUAUUUAACUCUUUGAAACAAAAGAAAUUAAUUUUCAACUUUUUUGUUAACCGUAACUGAAAAAAAUUAGCUGAUAGCCGUAAAAGAGCCAAAAUUUUAGCCGAUAACCGUAAAAGCCACCACCCCAUUGAGACCCUCUUAUAUGGCCUGUUCCGCGAGCGAGCAAGACCAAACGGAUUCCGUGUCCUGCAUGGACACCCGAACGGGCACGGGAUUUCCCGCUUUGUUCGCGCAAUUUCUCUUGGUCAUUUUAUAAAAAAUCCUUUAUUGACCCAGCAUGUUCAGCCAAAAUGGUUGGAUAUUGGCAAAAAAAAAGGAACAUGGUCAAUAUCCAGCCACAUUAAACAAACAAGCCGGGUCGUUAGAAACAAGUUAAAAAUUUAUGAGCACGAAAAGGCUUCUCGCGCACGUGAGAAAAAAACCUGUGGUACUAAACCUUCUUACAGAGAAAAGGAACGAGUUGCUUUUGCCGGGUCUUUUUACAUACCGCAUUUCCGUGGCACACGAACUUUUUUUGAAAUUAUACUUUAGAAUAGAAGGUAAACGGGGACCGACAGAGGAUCAUUUAAUAUUAAAAUUCAAAGCUCCACGGUUUUCAUGAAAUGUUGCUAAAGAAUCUUAAUCAGCGUUGUAAAUUUCGAUAAAUUUGCAGCUUUUACUGUGGUAGUUGUGUAAACUUUUAGCAACUCGUAAAGCAAAUAAAGACAAGUGAUUCUAAACAAAGAGUAGUGAGGCCUACUAGUCUAGCAAACCAAACAGGUUUCUUCCUUUUUGUUUGAGGAAUAUAAAAUUGUUUGAUCUUGAAUUGGGAUUCAAUUAGCAAAUGGCGGUUCCCCGCGGCUGUCAGAACGUGGUCAUAGAAUCAAUAAGACACUGUAAGGAAUUUCUGAUAUCAAAUUUUCUUCUUCAGUUUUGGUGUGGAUUACAGGAGCUUAAAAACUUAAUACUGAGACGGGUUCUCGGAAGCUGUUUGAGUUAAUCAUUAAGAGUAGUUGUACCAUAUAUUUUUGAAGGGUUAAUCUAUGUUGCACCGAAGGAUUCUUUGCCGGUUCGGCUUUCGACCAAUUUUCAUUGUCCUUUUGGCUCUGUCGUUCGGCAGUGUAUUCAUUCUUAAGGAAUAUGAUGAUUCAGUUAGCGUGAGACAAAAAUGCAAUGAAAAUUUUAAAGAUUUUGAAGCACCUCGAAAACCCGACAAAGAAAAACAUUUGGAUGUGGGCCGGGAAAGCAAAAAGAAAAGAGAAAACCUAAUUAUUGUGACACACGGCCGUUCAGGGUCCACUUUCAUUGGAAACAUUUUUAAUCACCAUCCAAACGUGUUUUAUUUGUUCGAGCCUUAUCAAACAGUGGAGCGACUUCAUGGAGCAGUGGCAACUGAGGAUCGAGAUUAUCAAGGGAAAGCAUUUGAAUGGAUGAAAGGAAUACUUCAAUGCGAUUUCGUGUCUCCUGAACACGUGCAAGACCUGGAAAGAUAUUACCGGAGAAGGUACAGAAAGAACUACAAUCCUAUAAAAAGUAUCUCGCUUCUUUCGCCACCGUUCUGCCCUUACAACACAACGCAUUCAUCAUGGUCUGCUGAAAGCUGUCCACCAAUGGAUAAAGAAACUUUGGAAGCGACUUGUAAAUCUAAAUACAACAUAACAGUGCUAAAGCCGCUGAUAGGCAGGAUGCCUAACGAAAACGUAAAGCAGUUGCUGUCAGUUUGUGACAAUGACCGGAUAAACUGCAAGUUUCUUUUCCUGGUUCGCGAUCCGCGUGGCAUAAUUCCCUCUUCGAAGGCCUUUGGAUUUUUUAAAGACGACGACGAUUCCCUGCUUGGGACACAUGAGUGGUCUAAAAAAAUAUGCAGCGCGACAGAAAUCAAUUUGAAUUUCUUUCGAUCUAUGUCCUCAGAUGAAAAAAAGCGUUUUAUGUUGUUACGUUAUGAAGAUCUGGCAAAAGAUCCGCUUAAGACUUUGCCAAGUUUAUUGAAAUUUGCCGGGCUGCCCGACGACAAAAAUUUGAGAAAAUGGCUGGAUCUCGCUUCUCAUCGUCCUGAAACUGAGAGUGAAAGAAAAGCUGCAGCCUGGCGACAGGACUCAUGGGAAGGAGCGGAAAGAUGGCGCUGGCUAGUUGGGUCUGACGUCAUCAGUGUCAUUGAAAAAUAUUGCAGUCACGUGAUGAGUGUGCUAGGCUACAAAGCCGUUGGUGGGUCGCACGAUUUACAGAAAAAUCUGGCGGUUAAGUUGUUAGAGGACAGUUAUGAAGCUCUGCGGUGGUUUUGA